AUGUUUGCUCGAGAAUGGUUGAUGUGCUACUUCGUGGGCAUGGUGACUUCCUACGAUGUCACCUAUUUCCCAACAGAUCCUUAUCCAGGUCAAGCCUGGCACAACGUAGGCUUGACACCGGACGGCACCAAAGUUGUUGCAAUGGUAGGCAAUGCCAGAAUCUACGUCAGCUCUGACAGUGGAAGUACUUGGUCGAUGGAUACAAGUGUGGGGAUCCAGUUCUGGAACGGUGUGGCCAUGUCAGCAGAUGGAACCAGGAUGGCUGCAAUCUCCUUCGACAGGGGCGUUUAUCUCAGCACCGACGGCGGUGCCACCUGGGCUGCGGACACUCGUGUGACAACAUCCGAUCCAUUCCUCGCUAAUUGGAACGGCGUGGGCAUGUCAUCGGAUGGCCUCACGAUCGCUGUGGCUGGCUACUUCAGUGGCAUUUGGAUCAGCAUAGACGGUGGUGCCAAUUGGGCGGAGGACUCAAGUGCAGGCUCACAAGACUGGCAAGCCUUGGCCAUGUCAGCAGAUGGCACCAUGAUGGUGGCAGCGGUCCAUGACGGUAACAUCUGGAGAAGCACUGACACUGGUUCUACCUGGGUGGAGGACACAAGUGUGGGGUCCAGCACACCAUGGAAAAACUUGGCCAUGUCAGCAGAUGGCACCAAGAUGGCUGCAGUGGCCGAGAAUGAUUAUCUCUACAUCAGCUCGGAUAGUGGUGCCACUUGGAACCAGGACACGAGUGUGGGAUCCACGCAAUUCUGGCGAUUCGUGUCCAUGUCAACGGACGGCGCCACGAUGGCUGCCACCUCAACAAAACUAUGGUUCUCCAAGGACGGUGGCAGUACCUGGGUAGAGCAUCCUAACACGGGAACCCAUGGUGCGUGGAGAGAGGUGGCCGUGGCAUCGGAUGGUUCCUACUGCUAUGCCGUGAAUAACCCAGGCGGACUUGUUCGCAUUUCACUGACCGCAGGAGCGGUUAAUACGACCAGCACGACCAGCUCCUUGACCAUGACAUCAACCUCACAGACGGGCACCUAG